CUGACACUACCCCUGCCGCUGCUGUCUCUGUUGCCCCUGUCGUGUCCCAUGAUCAUCGUGCCCACCGAUAGCCCCUUCCCUCUCUGGCCCAGGAGAGCGUCCGCGAGCACCCGCGCUGCUGUGGCGACAGGCAUUUGGAACCCAUUUCGGUCUUCGAAAACCUUGGCCUGCAUGCCCAAGUAUCGCAGCCAGAAGGUGCAAUCUGCCGCUCCCCCGGCCAUGGUGCCAAGGAUAUGCUGCGACACUGGAAUGACCUUCUGAGUCGUGCGGGAGCCCACGAAAGAGCCCAUGCUGGCGCGAGAGUCCACCGCCGCUAUCACGCCGCCGUCGCACACGAGCGCUACCGUCGUCGUGCCGUGGCUCAGCUUGAGGGGCUCCGCCCCCGGCGCCGCCACCGUGUAAGGGUCCCCUCCUCCUGCCCUACCCGCCAUCCUAGCCGAUCCAGCAGCCCCCUUCAUCGUGCGCGCCAGGGGAGAAUUGUCGCCAACACCCUGGAAGAUACUGCUACCGCCGGGUGAAAAGGGCACCGACGGUGUAUGAGCAGUGGCGGUGGUGGCGUUUACAGAGAAGAGCGCGAGUAGGACCACGGUGAGACGCCGUGUCCGUCGUCCGGUUGCACUGCUGCUGUCAUGAUGGUGAUGCUGCGGGCGUCGUCUUCUCUGUGCGGGUAAAUACGCCAUUAGUGUUGCGAUAUGUCUGGGACGAGGUUCUCAACCCGCUACUGCCACAACUACUGCUGCUGAUCAACUCUCUUUCUCUCUCUCUCUCUCUCUCUCUCUCUCUCGACGCGCCCCCUAGUCACCUACAGCAUCCCUAAAUCUCACUGCUCUAAGCCCUGCACUGCUAGGCCUCGCCGCCCCGGCAGGUCACCAGGUGUCUCUGCCGGGAUGGCGGCCCGCCGGAUGAAAUACGCACGUCCCUUGGACCAAACGUUUCAGUUCCCGUUGCCCCCCCUGGCCAAGGUCGAUGGUGAGACACAGCAGUGUCCUACCGCGAAUACACGCCCAACCAAGGAGCCAACACACACCCAAAGCUUGCACCAAUCUUUGGCCUUAUAUUUGUGGCAAGAGUUGCCCCGGAGGACUGUUGCUGUGGACCCUCGUCCGUGCAGCAAAACGAUUGUGCGAUCGUCCGCAGCAAUUGCGCCGCAUUCGCCACAGGCCUUUUUUGUAGGAUACACCGCUCCCGCUUUCUAGGAUCUCACACAUAGAUCUCUACCCCCAACGAUGGCCAGACGGGGGCGCGUCCCCGGCCAGCUACUGGUAGCGGCAUCGAUUCUGCCGUCCUUAGCACUGUUCGGCCAGAUCGAAGACCGGAGUGCGCGCGGGCAGCUUCAAGCUAGCGCGGCUCUGGCGACGCUGGGGUAUGUGGCCACGAUCUACGUGCUCCCGACGUUCACUCCCUUCCUGGCUAGGAGCGGGCUUACGGGCAAGGACCUGUGCAAGAAGGGCACCGCGUCUGCCGAGAAAGAAAUUCCGGAAGGCACUGGAGUCAUCGCGGGGACGAUGUUCCUCAUCUGCGUGGUGAUCUUACAGCUCUUCUACGGCAGGGAUUCCUCUGACAAGAUGGUGGACUAUCUGUCGGCCCUGCUGUCGAUAUGCUUUAUGACCUUUCUCGGCUUUACGGACGACGUUCUUGACCUCCCCUGGCGGUACAAGCUUCUGCUUCCUACUGUUGCGACUCUUCCUCUGCUCUGCGCUUACGACGGCAGCACAUCUAUUGUCGUGCCCAGGCCUUUGGAUCACCUGCUGGUUGCGGUCGGAGCAGGAGGAGGGGGCGACAGCGUAUUGACUCUGGUGGGGAGAGCGGUAUCGUCGGUGUUUUCGAUCACCGUGCCGGGCAAGCUGGGCGGGGUGGUGCUCCUCGAUCUAGGCAUGGCGUACAUGGUGUACAUGGGCCUGCUGGCCGUCUUCUGCACGAACGCCGUCAACAUCUACGCCGGUAUCAACGGGCUGGAGGCCGGGCAGUCCUUCGUGGUCGCCUGCGCGAUCCUCGCCCACAACAUGCACGAGCUGCGGCGUGGGAGAGAUACGGGAAACCAUACCUUCUCGGCCAUGCUCCUGCUGCCGUUCAUCGGGACCACGCUCGGGCUCCUCCGGUACAACUGGUACCCGGCGCGCGCUUUCGUGGGAGACACGUACUGCUACUUCGCCGGCAUGACAUUCGCCGUGGUCGGCAUCCAUGGCCACUUCAGCAAAACUCUCAUCCUCAUGUUCUUGCCCCAGGUUACGAACUUCCUCUUGUCGGUGCCGCAGCUGUUUAAGGUUUUGCCUUGCCCGAGACAUCGUCUGCCUAGGAUGGACACCGAAAAGGGACUGCUAGUGCCGUCGACAAUGCCGUACAAGAGCGAGUUUCCGGUCUGGCAGUUCCUUAGAUCGGGCCCAGACGGUGAGGUGAUCAACCUGACGCUCAUCAACCUCGUCCUUCACGUCGUCGGACCUUUGCGAGAGAGAUCCCUCUGCACGCUGCUUCUGGCGCUGCAGGCUGCUUCGUGUGGCUUCGGGUUCGUGAUCCGCUACUACUUUGCUGGCCUGGUAUACGGGUCGACAUGAUCAGCACGGCGUUCUUGCUGUCUAGCUACCUCUCUGCGCGAGCGCGUGUGGCCUCAGGUUCUUCAUCCGCUACUUCUUUUCAGGCCUGGUGUACGGGGCGAUAUGAACGACACGGCGUUCUUGCUGUCUAGCUGCCCCUAGUACCUUGUCGCGCAGGUCUCACUCUUCUUAGUUAGAUCCCUGCUCUUCGGCGGCGGCAGUGGCCGCCUCGCUACAAGCCAGCUGCGCAACUCGAAUUUGGGUACAAGCUGAUACGAGCGCGGCGUGAAGAAGAACGCAGCGAGAGUUUAGGCGUCAGGCAUGAACGAGGAACUGGGGUAUUUAGUAGGCGUGUAAGGGUGUACGC